CGGCUGGCAACACUACGUGGCACGUCUAGCGGUUGAUAAUGGAGAAAAUGGCGACUCUCACGAUGUAAAUUCUUUUGUGUGAUCCGCAGAAACAUAGUUGUAGUCGGCUAGGAGUUUAACUUAUUCCAAUUCCUGUGAUGUUUAUCCAUUGGAGAAAAUAAGCCGAAGUCGGAAAUGUGUGAUAUAUGUACGGAGGUCAUCGAAUUCCUAGAGAAAUAUGAAAGUGAAACUCAGAAGUCACAACUGCAACCUCUGUCAAAACCAGAAAUAUCAAUAUUAUGUAGUUAUGUUCAAGCUUGGACUCAAAGGCAGUGCACUUGCUGUUAUAAAGAUCCAAAAAACUUUGACAGAUUUAAUUCUGUUAUACAAGGACUUAUUUUAAGUGUAUUAGAAGUUCUUCAGAAAUUAUUAGAAGAAUUGAAAAGUGAAAGUGAAAGAGAAAAAUGUGAUGAAGAAUCAAAAAUUGAUGAUCAUUUAAUAGAAAACUGUCAUAAAGAUCUGCUUAACGACAAAGAUUCUACAAAUGUAGAAAGGAAGAUCUCACAGAAUAAAGAUUUUGUCAUCGAUUUACCAAAGUUAGUUAAUGAAAAAAGUGAUAAUGAUGAUGUCAAAAAGGAAGAAAUAAAUUUGUCCGAGUCUUGGUCGUUGGAAGAUAAAGAAAAAUUAUUACAUUUUUCGGCAAAAGUAUUCCUUCUUAAUUUUCCUUUAUAUGUUGCAUUCAAACACAGUGUUCAUUCCAAACUUGAGGAAGUUUCUCAAGAAGAAGUAUCUACAUUAAAUAAUUAUUGUGAUGUAAAUGAUAUGGAUAUUCCUGUUUAUUUACUUCGAAAUGUGUGCUUUUUCUGUGAACGAGGUGGUUUGAAGUUAUUUACUACUUGUUUUCAAGAUGCAUCUCCGACUCUGUUACCUAUGACUGUGGCCCAUGCAAUGAUUGCUGUAAUUUCUAAUUUGAAAUUAUGGAUGAAUAUUGGUUCCAUAAUGCAACAUCUAGUUCCUCUUAGAUCAUGUGUAAUAAGAUAUUUGUGUAAAGUAUCCGAUUCGGAUUUAAGAAUCACGGGAAGCCGAAACAUGUUUGAAUUUAUGUGGACGGCGGUGAAAGAUCCGCUAGAUGCACACGCAAGUUUUGAUAGAGAAGGAUUAGACCUCGCUUUCAAAUAUUUCAGUAGUACUACUUUAACGAUGCGAUUAGCUGGAAUAGCUCAGAUAAAUAGUCACAUUAAUAUGUACAAUGAACUAUGCCAUAAUGAAAGUCUCGUUGAAGUUGAAGGAGUAGGAAAUGCUCUUGCAAAUUGGUUAACCGAAAAUAAAAUAACUGAACAUAUAUUUGGACCCAAUCUUCAUGUAGAAAUAAUUAAACAAAGUCACAUCCUCUUAAAUUUCUUGGCAAUGGAAGGCCGUAUAACCAAUGAGCACAUAGAUGCCAUUUGGUCUGCAGCACAGUUGAAACAUUGUAGUCGUCAAGUUCUAGAUCUGCUACCGCCCUUAAUUAAGAAUUUAGAAGUUGGACCUGUUCUUCAUUUAUAUAAACUUCUGUGCAGCAUGGAACCAAAAGAACAUACUGAACAGACACUACUUUUAGCAUCUGCUUUAACUAAAUUUAUUUGGACCAAUGGAGGAAGUGCUACAAAUAUACCAGGAGGAGGAACUGAUAUAGAUCAUUCUGCAACAAACAGCCCAUUUUCAGUUCUAAUGAAAGGUGCAUUGCACAUGGGAGAAUUUGCAAAAGGAUUACGUAGAAAACAUGAAUUAAGUAGUAGUGAGAGAAGCGUUAGUGUAGAGGCUAGCAAUAGUGAAGAUGAACCAAAUGAUGUGCGACAUGCACAGACAGCUAGUGAGGUUGACAGUUCUCAAGUUAGUGAUCGGCCAAGAAGCAGUGGAGAAGGAAGCGAACAUACUGCCGAUAGUCAACCGAGUAGUCCUGGUGAAGAUAGUAAGCAGCAUUUAUCUCUAAAUAAGAAAAAACUUUCUAACCAAAGGUCUUCUAAUCGGAAAUGGAGGCGGAGACGACCUGAAAGAAAAACGAAUCAACAGAGUGAAACUGAAAAAGAAGACGGAGCAUCAAGUGCAGAUGCCACUGAAUUGAGCAGCGUAAGUGAUGAUAGUUUACAGAGUGAUACCGAUCCUGCUGAAGGUACAGAUUCGAAAUCCGAUUAUCGUAAACCAAAAUGUUCACCAGUCGGAUCGGACGAUUCGGGAAGAGAUGGAGAAAAACCAUCACAUAUAUGGAGGAGGAAGAUACUUCGGAAGAAAAGAGCGAGGAUAAUGUCAAGUGACAAAGGAAAAGUUGACAAUAAACCAGUGAUGGAGGUUAACUUUUCUGAAGAUAGUAUGGAAAAAGGCAGUCCAUUGCCCCACGCUGUGAUUCAAGAUGUAACGGGAAGAGGAAGUAGAGAUGAAGACGACGACGAUGAUGACGAUCCAGGCGGAACAUCCAGAGAUGGUGAAACAGAUGCAGAUAAUAAGAAGAGUUGUAUUCCCGAAGUAUCAGAAGAACAGGCUGCAAAUAGAGUUUGUGGUCCAAUGACCAGACCUCAGUUAUUACCACAGUUAGUUAAAGCAGUUUUAGAAAGGGAAGGUGGUCUUCCACAAUUUACGGAAGGUGUUGAUUCUGAUAUUUAUGAAUGCAGACAAUAUUUAGCUAGUUUACAUCCUCAAAGACAUCUUCCUGGAACAGGAGAUCUGGUUGAAGAUAUUCUUAGUCCAGAUGAUGGAAGCUGUAAUAGUUCAAGAGUUAGCAACAAAUCAGAAAAAAAUAUGGCUGAUUUUGAAGGCGAAGAGUCUGGUUGUGAGGAUGAACUUGCUCAGUUGGCAGCUCAUGCGCAGGCUCAGUUAGGUUCUCAUCCAAUGACCCAGAGGUUAGCUAAUAUGGCUUGCAUGUAUACUCAUCAGUUACAUGGUGUCAAGCCGUAUCCUCAUCAUCGUGGCUCCAGUCGAGAUGGUGUUCAGGGACAGUUUGAUUUGGAGUCCGUUUGCAAUCCUGGACAGACAUUACUGUGGGACUUAUUACAAGAUGAUAAAAUUGGCCAUCUUGGCGAAGGACUUGCUUUAGAGGCAGAAAAAGUGUUGUGUAAUCUUGUGUGUUGGUCCACCGAUAAAAUGAUAAGAAUGAAAUUUAUUGAAGGUUGUCUUGACAACUUAGCUAAUAACAGAUCCGUCGUCGUGUCGCUACGAUUACUUCCAAAACUUCUAGGAUCAUUUCAACAGUUCAGAGGUGGAAGUGAUACUCAUUCCAUAACAAUGUGGGCAGAAAGAGAACAUAAAAUGAUGAAUCAUUUUUUCAACAAUCUCGUUACUUAUACAUCGACACUUAAAACACCAAGUUCAUCAAACAGUUCACUAUACAGUCACAAAGAAGAAAUUCAAGUUCGAUUACAUUUCUUAACUUGUGUUUUCUCAGCAGCAGGAUCUCCAGAUAAUUUUGGUUUGAGCAAAGAUCAAGUCGACAUGCUGUGGUCUUGUUUGGCUACCGACAACGAGUGUGCCGACGAAUUAUUUAGCUGGCUUCUCAAUCAAGCCAUGAGCAAAGAUCAGCAUGCACUUAAUUUAGGUCUUUUCAAACAUAUUCUUUUAGAAAAGAUGCCACAGUUACCUGCACAGAAUACUAGCAUGACUGCCCUCAGUCUUUUACAGCAGCUAAGCAGUUUGGCCCAUCUCGCCACAGCAUCUUAUGACACUCCAACGUCGGAAGCCGAUGUCAGCGGAAUGCAGCAGUUGUGGGCAAUAGCAUUAAGAGCUCUCAAUACCGAUGUUAGUAUGGCAGCAAUUCAAUAUUUGAAUAAUUAUUACAUAAAUGUACAUCAUGGAACGCUUGAAAAAGAAGAAGAAUUUAUUGAACGCUGCAUGGGUAGUUUGAAUAUGGCAUCUCAAGAUAUAAAAGAUUCAGAAGAAAACAAUUUAAUGGUCAUUCAAAGAGCCCUGUUAUUGUUAAAAACCCACAUUGAAGCUUUUCGAAGAAGAUAUGCCUAUCAUCUCCGUCGUUGGCAACUAGCAGAUCAAAGUGUUAGUAGUCACAGAUCAUGUGUUGGUGAAAGGCAAUCUCCACCUCUUAGAAUUGUGUGUCAACCUGCUGGACUUUCUGAAAAAACGACUUUAGAAAUGCAGAGUACGGAUUAUGUGGCAGAUCUUCGUGCUGAAGUUAGUCAGUGGUGGGAACAGCUACAAAAGAAAAGUAGAAGAGAGCAGCAGGAUAUUGAGGGAAGUUGUGGAAGUAGUAGUAGCGGAAGUAAUUCAGCCCUUUCUCCCAUUUUGGGUACAAUGCUUUCUGAAGGCCCGAUAAGAAUGAUUUCUCAAGGUCAAGAAUUGACUUGUGAUUUGGACGAGAAAACUCUUUCAGAAAUGGGAUUCAAAGAUUUACAGUUGGUUUUUGUUUCGGUUGGAGCGGCCAGACCAGUGCGUAGAAGAGAGGGACUUGAACCUGCCUCGACGUUACCUCCUCCACCACAAGAACGUCUUCCGAUAACUUUAUUAUUGCAGCCACUGUAUUUUGAACAGUUAUUUAGUUUAAUGCAACAACUUGGUUAUUACAAAGCUGUAAAUCGAGCAGGAGAACCAGUUGCUCAUACUAGAGCUCAAGUAUUAUCUCGACGUGUUUGGGAAAUCUUAACGAUGUUACCAACCUCUCCUGUCGUGUUACAAGGAUUUAAGGACAUUGCUAAAGAUCAAGAACCGGGUAAAAACACUGCAUUGUUACAGAAGUUAUUGAAUCCUGAAGGUCCUCCUAAAUUAAUGUACUCUCUUCAGAUCGUAGAGUCGUUAAGACGCCAGGGUCCUAAACUAAAUAAAUCACUCCCUUAUAAAUCCUCUCUUACUGAUCAGCAGCAGUCAUCUCAUCAGGAAAUAGCAUGGGCACAAAAAUUUGUGGAACAUGGUGGAUUGAGACAUUUAUUUGACAUAUUUGUUUCUGGAGUCCUUCAAGCACGAGAUGGAGAAGAAUGGAAUGAAUGGAACCAAGAUUGUGUUGCCUGUCUGCUGAGAUUGAUAUAUCAGUUUGGCAUCGGAAGUACAGACAAUGAAAUUGUCAUUGAAGACGGGCAUGAUAAUGGAGAAAUGCCUCGUAAGAAAACUAAACGUUCUAGAAAAGGCAGCACAGAUAAACUACUUAUUCCAAAACUUAAUAAGGUCAUGUUACAAAUGAUGUGUGAAGUAGAAUCUGUACUGAAAGUUUUAUUAAGUAUUUUAUAUGAAGCUGCUUUACCAUGCGAUCCUAAUCAAUACAAAACGGGAUUUUGGGGAAGAGCUCAAGUUGUGUAUUGUGCAAUGACAUUGUUGGUGUCUUGGGCUGUUUCCGAACCACUCGUCAAAACCUAUUUAUUUCAACAUCCCGAUUUGGAAUCAUGGCUGAAAAGACUAGUCUUGGAUGAUCCAGAGCCUGCAGUUCGAAGGGAGACGUGUACAGGCCUGUAUCGGCUGUGUCUGGGAUCGACUGUUGACGGAAAGACGGGACUGGGAUUCAUCGCUCCAUUACUUAACAGUUUACUGAGCUUUUUGUCUGUGGCACAAAACAUGAGACCUCCAAGACCAGAUGAAGAAGAGAAAGAACCGUAUGGACCAGGAUGUAAAGAUUAUUUUUGGCUAAUAUGUCGCCUAGUCGAUAGUUUAGAUGAUGACAUACUUCAGGAAAAUGCACAAGAUCAGAAAUCUCUGUUAGAUCUGGAAAGUUUGGCUCGUUACCUAGCGGAAGCGGUCAUCAGUCGCGACUUUAGGGAGACGAGGCACAAUACAGUCGAAGAUGAUGGAUUGAGAGGCUUGCUUACGCUAGCGACAGUUGUGAUAAAACAUAAUCCUCCUUUUAAGUUUUCAAAGGAAGGCCAGGAAUUUCUUUUGCAAGUGUUUGAUUGUCUGUUUGCAUUACCAAGUCCGGGUCAUAGAUAUUUACCUAAGUGUAAAUCUCAGCCUGUUCGUUCUGCUGCAUUCGACUUAUUAGUCGAACUGGUCAAAGGCUGCGAGGAAAAUUACAAAUUUCUUCAUGCAAAAUUGUUGAAGCAACAUAGUCCAGAAUCUCAUGCGCCAUAUCCUUGGGAUUAUUGGCCUCAUGAAGACGGGAGAUCAGACUGUGGUUACGUAGGAUUGACAAAUUUAGGUGCCACCUGCUAUUUGGCAUCAUGCAUGCAACAUUUAUAUAUGAUGCCUCAAGCUCGAGCAUCUAUUCUAGCAGCCAAGAUUAGUACAGAGAGCAAGCAUGAAAAUACACUAAGAGAACUGCAAAGAAUGUUUGCCUAUCUAUUGGAAAGUGAACGGAAGGCAUAUAAUCCUAGAAGUUUCUGUAAAGUUUAUACGAUGGACCACCAGCCACUGAAUACCGGCGAACAGAAAGAUAUGGCAGAAUUUUUUACAGAUUUAAUCAGCAAAUUAGAAGAAAUGACUCAACAGUUGAAAGAACUUGUAAAGAAAUUGUUUUGUGGUGUUUUGUCAAAUAACGUCGUCUCUUUAGAUUGUCCUCAUAUCAGUUGUACUUUGGAAGAAUUUUAUACUUUACGUUGCCAGGUCGCAGAUAUGAGAAAUUUGUAUGAGUCGCUCGACGAAUUAACAGUAAAGGAUACUUUAGAAGGAGAUAACAUGUACACUUGUUCACAGUGUGGAAAGAAAGUAAGAGCUGAAAAAAGAGCAUGUAUUAAAAAAUUACCUCGCAUCUUAUGCUUCAAUACGAUGAGAUACACUUUUAAUAUGGUGACUAUGACCAAGGAAAAGGUCAACACUCAUUUUUCUUUCCCACUUCGGCUCGACAUGUCAAAUUAUAUGGAAAAAAAUCUUAUGCCGAAUCAACAUGCAGAUGUUUUUAAUGAAGAAAAGAAAGAUGAGGAGGGCGACUGUUACGAGUAUGAUUUAAUUGGAGUGACGGUUCAUACGGGUACGGCGGAUGGAGGUCACUAUUACAGUUUCAUUCGCGAGAGACAAAAUCCAGGAAAAGAUAAAUGGUUUCUUUUCAAUGAUGCAGAAGUUAAACCAUUUGACCCCGCUCACAUUGCAGCAGAAUGUUUUGGCGGCGAAAUGACGAGUAAAACUUAUGAUUCAGUUACUGAUAAAUUUAUGGACUUUUCAUUUGAGAAGACAAACAGUGCCUAUAUGCUGUUUUAUGAAAGAAUGAAUCCAAAAGAUAUAAACAAUAUUCCCAGUCAUACGGCUAUAUUACAGACUAACACCGAAACGCAGAUAGAAAGUGUAACCUUUGAACUGUCACAUGAAUUAGCAGAGUGGAUCUGGCAAGACAACAUGCACUUUCUUCAAGAUAAAAGUGUAUUUGAACAUACUUAUUUCAAUUUUAUGUGGCAAAUUUGUGGUUACAUACCACAGACGUUGUCAGGAUACCAAGAAGUAACAUUACUGUCAGCAAAAUUAGGAACGUCUUUUGUUUUGGAAACACUUAUUCAUGCAAAAGAAAAGCCGACCAUUGCUCAAUGGAUUGAAUUAUUAACAAAACAGUUUAAUGCAAGUCAACAAGCAUGCGAAUGGUUUUUAGAUCACAUGGCCGAAAAUAACUGGUGGCCCGUACAGAUUCUUAUUAAAUGUCCAAAUCAAGUAGUCAGACAGUUAUUUCAAAGAUUAUGCAUACAUGUCAUAAAUCAACUGAAACCCGUACAUUCUUCCAUGUAUCUACAACCUUACUCUGACAGUGAUGAUUCUUCUGAUGUAGAUAUUUCCCAAGUAGGACAAUAUUCCUGUGUGACAAGAUUUAUAAAGAAACUUUUAACUCUAAUAGAACAUGGAGCUAAACAACAUUUGAAACAUCUAACUGAAUAUUUUGCAUUCCUUUUGGAAUUUGCAAAAAUGGGUGAAGAAGAAUGUCAGUUUUUACUGUCUAUUGAGACGAUAUCCACUAUUGUUAACUUCUAUCUUGGUCAGAAAUCAUCGGAUUAUGUCGAAGUAGUUUCUGACGAGGAGGAUGAUGAUGAAGACGAAGUCGUGUCAUCGGUCGAUGACAAAUAUAAACCCGCUUCGUUAGAAAAAAUGAUCACGCUGAUAGCUCUCUUAGUAGAAAAAUCGAGAGGAGAAGAUCAACGGUUGCAUUUAUCCCAUAAUGAUUUUAAUACUAUUGCCGGAGGAAAAGGUUUUCCAUUUCUAUAUCAACAAAUAAGAGAUAGUAUUCAUUUGAGGCAGACGUGCAAUCUGAUAUUUAGUUUGUGUCGAUGGAAUGAACAUUUGGCCCAUCAUAUAGUCAAUAUGAUAUUUUCUGCCAUUGCUAAACAGCAUGAGGGAAGUGGACCUUUCUUUAAAUUGCUGUCUAUGUUAGUAGAAUUUGUUGGUGGACCUCCAGGGAUGCCUCCUUUUACUAAUCUAGUCUUACAAAGAAUUUGGGAGGCUGCUGAAUACUGUCCUCAACAAUGUUUGGAAUGGCUAACCGUUCAAGUCCCAAGAAAUAAAAUGGCCCAUACUUGGGUGCUUCAGAGCAUGGAUAGUUGGGUAGAAAGGUUUCUAAUUGCUCAUAACAUGCAAAGGGUUAGAAAUGUGGCCGCUCUUUUAUUAGUAUCUUUAGUGCCAAGUAAUCAUUUUAGACAAACCUAUCGCUCGGCCAGAAGUAUGCUGACACCUCAAAAAGAAAUUCCGUCCAUAUUAAUGUUUUGUUUAAGAUCAACUGUCUGCUUUCAGAUGAGUGGCGAAGCUUUAAUAGUAAUGCACCAGAUUUAUGAUUUACUGCUAAGGCUACUGAAGCGUGCCAAAUUAUAUGUCGAUCCAACUGGACACGGAACUACGAAAUUGACAUCUUAUUUUGCAGUCAUGACUUAUAGUUUGAUUAGUAGAUCAGAGAAAUUGAUGUUUAGUCCCUAUUUCCUCGAUCUUUGGAAUCUCUUUCAACCUAAACUUUCCGAACCGGCCAUACCAGUUCAUCACAACAAACAGGCUUUGUUAAUAUUUUGGUAUCAAGUAUGCAUAGACUGUCCAGAAAAUGUUAAAUUAAUUGUUCAGAAUUCGCACGUUACCAAAAAUAUCGCUUUUAAUUAUAUUCUAGCUGACCACGACGAUCAGGAAGUAGUAGUGUUUAAUCGUUGUAUGCUACCCGCAUACUACGGUUUACUGAGGCUGUGUUGCCAACAGUCGAGAAGCUUCACUCGCCAGUUAGCCAAUCACCAAAAUAUACAGUGGGCAUUCAAAAACAUAACUCCUUAUACCACACAGUAUACAGCCGCGAUAAACGAACUGUUUAAGUUGAUGAGAUUAUUCGUGGCCAAGUACACGGACAGCACAGAACAGGAACUGAGGGAGAUACACCAUUUCAAACGGACGACGCUGCGUCUGUACUUGACGGUGUUGGAUGCCAGGGCCUGUUGGGCCACCCUGAUCAAUGCCCUUCGAAUACUGGUGGAAACCACUGAUGAUCGUCUCUUCGUCAUCUGUAACAAUGGAUUGGCGCUCUUAUUUCAGGCUUUUCACACCCUGCAUAUGAUGUACCACGAGGCCACUGCCUGCCAUGUGACCGGAGAUGUGGUGGAAUUGCUGGCCAUUGCCCUGGACUUGCUGAAGUGUGCUCGGGCCUGUCGGGAGUCGGCCGAAGUCCGACAGUGGCUGGCUGGGUGGAAGGAGCACGGUGAAGCCAACAGGAAGUUGCUGACACUGAUGAAUUCCUUUGCCCCUCCAGAGGUUCGACAUGUCUGCACCGAAGUGCUGCAAGAACUGGUUCUACUGUAUCCGGCUGAGAGUCUGUCCCUGCUGGUGCCUCUGCUGGCCAGUUGCCAUGCCUCCUUCCAAGAAAACAACUCACCUGUCACUCCGGGGCCCUUCUUUCCCAGACGCGGACAGAAGAUUCUGGCUGGCAAAUCCAAUGCACGGCCACAGAGGCCCAUGCUACAGAUGUUCCUGCAUCCCAGUCAGCUGGAGACGGCCAAGGGGGUGGAUGAUGAGUACGACGCGGCGCUGCUGGAGUUUUUCCUUCCCUAUCAUCGCUUUGUCGACACCCUCUGCCGGGUGGCCGUGGGUCGAGAUGGCGUCACUUCUGAUCUGGUGAACCUGAGUGCCAUGGUGGCCAUCGAGGGAGUUCCCCUGCACCUGCCCACCUUCCCCAAGCUGUGGCUGGAUGUCCUUCACUCUGAGAGGGCAGGUCGAGAGUUCCUUCCGGCUCUGUGCAAUAGCAGCUACUUCGUUGACUACCUGGAAGCGGUUCUGCUGGACGAGAGGGCCUGCCUCAAUCAUCCUGUGGUCUAUCAGCUCUUUUCUGUGCUCCUACCUCAGGUGGCUGGACAGGUGAUUAAUGACCAAAUGAUGUCACUGGUGGCAUCGUUGAUGACAUCGCUGGUGCGGAUGUUGGAGGAGACAGACCUGACCAAACACGCCUGGAAGCUGAAUGGGGACCUGCGUGCCCUGACGCUGGUGUUUUCAGUGGAGAAACCAGCGGAGGUGCCCUCUGACUUUGCCGACGUCAUGAAUGGUCUGAUUGAACACUGCAAAGAAAUUGCCCGAGCUGAGAGUGGGGAGACCAACGCUGAGUCGGAAGGGGAGAGGGAUGCUGAAUCCGGUCGAGCAGUGUCAGAAGGUCGUCCAGAAGAGACCCCCUCCAAGAGGCGCAGGCUCUCCACCGGUUCGGAAUCCACCUCGUGCAGUGCUGGAGAUGGCGAGGCGGCUGGCGCCUGCGGCAGCCCAACGGCUGGAUCGGCGGAGGGGGCCGGAAGCGGGCGCCCAGGGUCUUCGUCCCCAGCCCGGGCCCAGAGCUCGCACUGGGCCGAUAUCCUGGCCAAAUCGGCGGCGGCGCUACUGUCCGUCUUGGAGAGCGGAAGGUGAAGAGUCGCCUGCCACGCGCGCCGGUGCACGCGCGUAUAUAUAAAUAUAUAAAUAUAUAUAUAUACAUAUAUAAAGCGGUAGGUCAUAAUGACGUGUAAAGUAUUGUACAGAGUCGACGCCGCGCUUUUACCUGGCGUCGGAGGUCCGACCGGACGCCCUUACCACGGAUGUACAUUUUUUACGGAUGCCGCGUUUUAUUGUCGUCCCUCUUUUCCUUUUAAUCGGUUCGUCCCUAAUAAAGACACGCUUUUCAGUUU